CCUUGGGAAAGAAGGUAGGUACGAAUAUAAGGGGGACCAACCGGCAGCGGCGCCAUGCCAUUCACAAAGUUGGGUUUGUUGUACUCAUACAUAUUUAUGAACCCCCUUGGAUGCCCGAACUCCCAUAUCAGUCGCUUAGCCCCCAUCACCACCAUCGCUACCUGUGUACUCAGUCGCUACCUCACUGUGAUUUGUCACCUGGGUUCCCCGUUAUGCGUCCGUCUAGGCCCUUGCACGUCUUUCCCGAACGGCCAACCUCCCAACCAGCCAUCCUGAAAAACCACGAUGAUCCGCCCCAAGAGACUCGAUCGGACGACGCCAAAGGAAGCUCAAUCUAAACUCCAGUCCAACCCCCCCCCCCCCCCC